AUGGCUUGGUUGAGAAACCUCUCCACCAUGAUGAAAGCAUCAUCCUCAUCAUCAGUGACUCAAAGAGCCAAAAACACAUACCCAUUUUCCUUCACUUUUCUCUCCCACUUAAGCAUCAACCCGGUUAAGGAAAAGCCUUGUGUUAAGCCCGUUGUUGAGUGCUCGGGUCUGGAACCAACAAGGGCCCAUGAGAAACCACGUGUGGUGGUGCUGGGCUCAGGGUGGGCUGGGUGCAGGCUCAUGAAGGGCUUGGACCCAAGUGUGUAUGACAUUGUUUGUGUUUCACCUCGGAACCACAUGGUGUUCACCCCCCUAUUGGCUUCUACUUGUGUUGGAACUCUUGAGUUUAGAUCCGUUGCUGAACCCAUCGGAAGGAUCCAACCAGCUAUUUCUAGAGAGCCUGGUUCUUAUUUCUUCCUAGCCAAUUGUACUCACAUUGAUGCACAUACCCAUACGGUGCACUGUGAGACAGUGACUGAAGGAGUAGAGACAAUAGCUCCCUGGAAAUUCACAAUCUCAUAUGACAAGCUAGUAAUUGCUUUAGGAUCACAACCUUCCACUUUUGGAAUCCAAGGAGUCAAAGAACAUGCCAUUUUUCUUCGAGAAGUUCACCAUGCACAGGAAAUUCGUAGGAAGCUCCUCCUGAACUUGAUGCUCUCUGAUGUUCCAGGGAUUUCAGAAGAGGAGAAACAAAGGCUUUUGCACUGUGUGGUUGUGGGGGGUGGUCCUACUGGAGUUGAAUUCAGUGGUGAACUUAGUGAUUUUAUCAUGAGAGAUGUUCGUCAAAGAUAUGUCCAUGUGAAGGAUUACAUCCGUGUCACUUUAAUUGAGGCAAAUGAGAUAUUGUCUUCCUUCGAUGACCGGCUUAGGCGAUAUGCUACCAAGCAAUUGACAAAGUCAGGAGUUCGUCUUGUUCGUGGCAAAGUGAAAGAUGUUAAAGCUCACAAGAUUGUCCUUAGUGAUGGUUCUGAGGUUCCAUACGGGUUGUUGGUAUGGUCCACAGGUGUUGGUCCAUUGCCUAUAAUUCAAUCUUUGGAUCUCCCAAAAGCUCCUGGUGGAAGGAUUGGUGUUGAUGAGUGGCUUCGUGUUCCUUCGGUACAAGAUGUGUUCUCAAUAGGUGACUGCAGUGGAUUUGUUGAAAGUACUGGAAGACAAACACUUCCUGCAUUAGCCCAAGUGGCAGAGAGGCAAGGUAAAUAUUUAGCAGCUCUGUUAAACAAAAUUGGUAAAGAAGGUGCAGGUCAUGCAAACAGUCCAAAAGAAAUAGAAUUUGGGGAUCCAUUUGUUUACAAACACCUUGGAAGCAUGGCAACUAUUGGUAGAUACAAGGCCCUUGUUGACCUUAGACAGGGCAAGGAGGCAAAAGGGUUGGCUCUGGCAGGAUUUCUUAGUUUUUUUAUUUGGCGCUCCGCAUAUAUCACACGUGUUAUCAGCUGGAGGAACAGAUUCUAUGUAUUUGUCAACUGGAUUACAACUGUUGUAUUUGGCCGUGAUAUAAGCAGACUAUGA